AUGUUUGCCUCAUCAACACCCAGAGUCACAACUUAAAGAACUAUAACAUUUAUCCAAUAUUUUUAUAAUGCAUAUUUAUUCAUUGCAAUCGAUCUACUUGGAGUUAUGUUGCAGGUAAUAUGGUGA